AUGCUNUACCAACCCCGAAUAUCUUGCAACAGAACACCUAGCAUCAUCUGCUUCUCGCACCAGACGACAACGUCUUCCAGAUCUUCUCGCGUGCAUGUGUUGAGUUGGCGCCCCCAUAAAGGAAUCGUGGAUGAGAUUGUAUCACUUUGGAUCUUAUACGCCAGGGCAGAUAUUGCGCGUCCAUGCUCUGAUCUUCUCAUCGCCGCACCAACUGUUUCCCCUGGAAGCAUCACGCCGACCAGUUCCCAGGCACUUUCUCUCCAAUCCUCAAAAUACUCCCGGCUCCGAUCGGUGUACGACAGUGACUCUCCGGUUUCGAGCGUGAAAGCCAUCCAAAGAUGCGAGAGGCACGGCCUGCGCCGGGCAAACUUCCGUCGUCGGACCAUAGCCCCCGGCGACGCCGCCAUUCUCACCCCCAUCACAAGUCGUGCAACGCUUUCUCUGUCCAGUGUGAAGAACAGUACCGGUAGGCGGGGUCCAGGCUCUCUGUAA